UUUGAUCCUCGCAAUGGCUCAACAAUACACGUUUAUGGACCUUGAAACUACAAGGCACAUACGUCUCCUAACGCUUCUCCCUGGAGAAUAUGAUGCACCUUUACUGUGCACCAUUUCAGAGUUUCCCCUGGAUCAAUCUCCAGACUAUGAGGCACUUUCGUAUGCAUGGGGCGCCCCAGAUGCCCAAGAUGACGUUCGUCCCAGUUUGUCUUUGAAUGGACAACGCUUCGAUAUUUCAGACACCCUAGAGCAAGCCUUGCACAGAUUGCGAAGACCAGAUAUACCCCGGAUUAUGUGGAUUGAUAGAGUUUGCAUCAACCAAAGGAACAAAGAUGAGCGCAAUGCGCAAGUGGCUAUUAUGCCUGAUAUUUAUCGCGGGGCUGUGCGAGUGGUAGCAUGGAUUGGAGAAAAGACGCAGGACAGCGACCGUGCGCUGUCGUUCCUAAAAGAAAUGGCCAUGCAUCAGAAGUAUCAGCUGCGGCAUACUUGGACAGGUGGAACCCGACUGGGAAGCGACACAAGCUCUGAAUGUGGCGAAGGAAGAUAUAUCAGUCCUACCGAAGAAAGAGGGGUUUCGGAUGAUGGUGAAUCUGUUGAAGAUGCAUGGCAACCAUACUCUCUCGAGUUGAGUGAAGAAGAAAAACAACAAAUGAAAAACACGACGACGAGUGAUAUGUGGAAUACGCUCAUACUCAACAGCAAGCAGAGUGGGCACAUUAUCUCAGCUGCGCCAGUUUUGUAUGAAUGUGUAUAUUAUCCAUUCUUCAAAAAUGCUCGACAAGAAGAUUGGGAGGCUGUUGACAACCUACUUGCGAGACCGUGGUGGUCACGCACUUGGGUAGUGCAGGAGAUUUGGCAGGCAAGGGAAGCUAUACUCCAAUGUGGCGGUUCAACCCUGAAGUGGAAAACAAUUGAAAAGGCUAUGACGUACCAAGAAGGGUGGGAUGAUAUGGGCUGUCUGGUAAAAGGUACGAAAAGAUGGAAAAGUUGGGCCUCGUUAAAGCGCCGAUAUGGGUUGGCGAUCCAUAUCUCCCAGAAGAGACUUUUGGGUAGCAAACUCUCAGAUCUCCUAUGGAACAUUUGGGAUAGAGAUGCUACUGAUCCAAGGGACAAGGUAUUCGCUAUCUUGGGUCUGGUAGGAAAGGAAUACAACGAUACUUUGCCUGAUAUCGACUAUUGCAAAACUGUUGAGCAAGUAUAUCGGGAGGCCGCUUCUUUCAUCAUGAUGAAGGAGAAAUCAUUGGACCUUCUACUUGCUGCAUCUGGCCUAAACCAUAAAGAAAAUUUACCCUCGUGGGUACCUGACUGGAGACGAGAAGCAAAUGAACAUCGGCCAACACUCUUCGUUAAUGCUUCUUUGAUGCGCAUACAGUGCUAUUUCAUAGGCUCUACAGAUGCUUUGUAUUUGCAUGAACAUGGGUACUCUGCAUCUGGCCAACUAGAGCCUCAAAUAAGCUUCUGUGAUGAUUUCAGCAUUUUAAACGUUCAUGCCUUGCAUCUGGAUACUGUAACUGAAGUUUCGGCAGACCUUGGAAGUGUUCCGAGUGCGGAAAGUAUUAUCCAAUGUGCGCACUCUAUCCUAGAUAAACUACAUCACGCGGAACCUUUACAGCCGGAAAACGCCGUUGAUGAUAGAGAAUUGAGAAGAAUUCUUACAGCAGGGGCAUUCAUUGAUCCAAAUACUUUGCGGACUGAGGGUCAAGUCAUCGAAAAUGUCAUGAGACUGCGACGCCUUUUUGUUACAAGUAACGGCAUUUUUGCAUUGGGCCAUCAAAAACACAAGUUGGUGAUGUAGUCUCAAUCAUCGUUGGCUGCAAUUUGCCAAUAGUCAUUCGACCUAGUGGGAGCUGCUUCAAGGUAGUCGGAGAGGCUUAUGUUCACAAAUAUAUGGCCGGCGAAGUUUGGAAAGAUCACCCUAUAGGAACAUCGAGAUGGGUAGAUAUAUCUUUAAUCUAAAGAUAACGAAAUUGUGCAGAGAAGAGCUUAACUGAUGCUGUAUAAAGACUAGAGAUUCCACUUUAGGGAAAUAUCAAGCUUAGGGGUAUAUGAUCUCAGUAUUGUAUCGUCCCAAACCGACUCUUUGCCCUAAU